AUGGCAUCCGAGGCCGCACUCCAAGAUCCCCUUCUGUCACUGCGACGUGCGAUUGCCUCUGGCAACCUCCCAACGCCAACGACCUCGUCCGAGCUCUCCGACCAACCUGCCACAGACGACCUAGCCAAAGCUACACAUCUCUACUUCGCCCAACCAACCCCUCAAACAAUCGCUCUGUCAACCCUCACAAGAUUCAUCUCGGCAUCUACCAAGUCCCCUGUUGACCUGCGCAGCAUCCUUUUCGCCUGGCAGAACAAAGAUGUCGCCAUUCCCGAGUACAUCGCCAAGGCGCAGGAAUUCAACGAAGCGCUGAAGCAGCAGACGAAAGAGGGUGAGAAGGAAGAAAGUGUUCAGAUUCUUAUUUUCCUCGAGCGUCUUGACCUUUUCACCUGGCUAGAGGGUGCCUCCGACGACAGCGAACAUAUCAAACCCCUCGAGGGCGCUGCUGCCGCUGCAGAGGCCGCCGCCACAGCCGCAGGUGUUGCGCAAGCCGAUAAUGCCGCCGGAAUUGCCGCCGGGGCAGUUGGCGGUGUUACUACCGUCCCCAGUGGAACCACAGGAGCAGCCCAGGCUGGGACUCAACUUGGCCGCCCACAAAAGCAGAUUGACCCUCGACUACAGGAGAUCUACAAUGGGGAGCGCAAGACCGGUGACCGCAACACAGUACUCCGUGGAAUCAAGCCGACAGACUUCUCGCACGUCCGCAAGAGCGCCGAAUUAUUCCUCGACCGCAACCGCAGUCGCCCCGGCCAGCCAAGCGCCAAACCGGGCAGCAAGGGCACCAUCCCGGCACCAUCAGCCGGCCUCUCUAUGCCAUCAUCGCGCAAAUCGAGCUCCUCCCACUCCCGCCCGGACCCAAUCAUCCUAAUCUCCCCCUCCGCCUCCUCUCUCAUCCGCAUGUCGAACGUGAAAUCCUUCCUCGAAGAAGGCAUCUUCGUACCCCCGGACCACCCAACCCUCUCGAGCGCCACCGACGCCAACCUCGUGAAGCUCGAGCGACCACUCCGUCUGAACGGCGACCCCUCGAACCCCAGCGCGAGCUCAAGCUCCCGCGCCGGCGGAAAGCCCCCCCGUCCAACCAAGUUCAUCGUCGUCGACGGCACGACCAACUUCAAGCCCGAGUACUGGAACCGACUCGUCGCCGUCUUUACUACCGGCCAGACCUGGCAGUUCAAGUCUUACAAGUGGUCUUCGCCCCCGGAGCUGUUCAAGCAUGCUACCGGUGUGUAUGUCGGGUGGCGGGGUGAGGACCCGCCUACUCAGGUUAAGGGGUGGGGUCGUGGUGUUGAGACGUAUGCUGUUGAGCGGUGGGACGAGAAGAAUGGUGUUCACGGUGGUGGGCGAUGGCGGGAUCGGGAGGUCGUUGAGGGUAUUUGGACUGCUAUUGAGGAGGGAAUGAGACUUCGUGGAUGGGGAACUAAGUAG